AUGGCGGCUCCGAUUCAGACAAAGUUCUUCCCCAACCUCUUGUUCUUCCUUUCGGUCGCGCUUCUGCUUACCUCCGCAGUAUCAGCUUACGAGUUCCGCGUCGGAGGACCCCGAGGUUGGACGAAGCCCACCGGAGAUGAGUUGGAGAACUACAACCACUGGGCCACAAAGAAUCGCUUCCAUGUUGGAGAUUCCUUGUAUUUCAAGUAUGAGAACGACUCGGUGCUGGUGGUGGACAAGAACGCGUACAAGGAAUGCAACACGACGGAUCCGCAACUCAAGUUCGUCGACGGCAACACCACGUUCAGGUUCGACCGCCACGGCUACUUCUACUUCAUCAGCGGCAAGCCGGGCCACUGCGAGGCCGGGGAGCGGCUGAUCAUUCGCGUGAUGGUGCACUCGGAGGUGAUGCCAGGAGCAGCUCCAUCAUCUCAGCCGGGCGGCGGUUCGGCUAACACGGAGUCCGGUGCUGCCUUGAAGACCACUACUGCUGCUUCUGUGUUGAUGGCAGCUCUCGGAUCUCUCUUCGCUAUUUCCCUGUUCUCCUAG